UGGUUGCCGUUUAUCACGUGUUUAUUCUGAAGAUGGCGUCUCCAAAUGGAGGUGAUGAUUUUGAGUCCUCUUUGCUGAGUUUUGAGAAGUUGGACAGAGCGUCACCAGACCUGUGGCCAGAGCAGUUGCCCGGAGUUUCAGAAUUUGCUGCAUCUUGUAAAAAUCCCAUCACUAAUUCGCCGCCCAAGUGGAUGGCUGAACUAGAGAAUGAGGACAUUGAAAUGUUGAAGGAGCUGGGUAGUCUGACCACAGCCAACUUGAUGGAGAAGGUCAAAGGACUUCAGAACCUCGCUUACCAGCUGGGCUUAGAGGAGUAGCACCUCUCCUGCGCCAUGACGCCACCCCGCAUAGACUCGGGCUGACCCCUGUUGCAUCCCCCUGUGUGAAGGUGAGGCUGAAGGUCGCCCUGCUCUGACAGCUCCUAAUGGGCCCCAGCAUUCACCACCACCACCACCACCUCCUCCUCACCCUUAGGAUCAAUCUCCAGCCUAUUAGAAGCAUGCCGCUGCUGAAUAUGAUUGCAUUCACUGGGCCCCACUGGUGCUAAUGUGCCUCCAUCAAUCCAUCAGGCGGGCUGACCGCAGGGCGGGCGGUUAUGAAGUACCUGAGCUGACAGCCGCUGAAUGAGGAACAGGGGAUGCCUCCCCACAGCCACAGCCAGCCAUCCUCCUCUUUCUCUCCUCUAGUACUCCUCUUUGCUCGUCUUUUCACCUCUUCCCUGUGUCUCUGUGGGCUCAUAGUCGCGAUGAAUGGCAGUGUUGGGGUGCGUCUCUUUGAAGCUGACUGUAAGGAAACAAGGAUCAAGGAUGCAAAAAUAUAAUAGAUAUAAAGAUGAUAAAACCUGGGCAUCUAAUUUAAAUGCCCAGGUUUUGUAUUUUUGUACCCUUGUAUGGUUGGUGCUCUCAAACUGGUCCCCAUAGUAAUACCUUUUUAAUUACUGGGAGUGCUAUUUCAUAAUACUGCUGCUACUAUAUUGAUGGAUUCCCAUUGUUGGAAAAUCUUUAGCAGUUCCACACACAUUUUGUACCAGGAGGACAUGAGUUUCUCCAUCCUUGGUGUAGCAGGUCGCUGGUAUCUGAUAGAGCCUGUCCAUAUCUUAAGCAGGAUCAGUGUCGGAGCUGUGUGAAAGCAGAGGCAGGCAGAGCUUAACACUCACACACACACACACAGACACAUUCACACACCACAACUCACUUCUGCCUGCCUGCCGCCUCCCUGAGCAGAUCGGAAAUGACACCUCAUUUCCAUAAAGGCAUUAGGAAUUCAUUGGAUUUUCUUUCCCAGCUAAUCAUAGUGCGGGUGUAAAACCUUUUAGGCUUUUAAUGAAUGAUUUUUGACUGAUUGCCUAUUAAUAAGGACACCUCUUGAACAGGCAUAGGCUGGGGCAGGGGUUGGGAGGUGCAGAUGUGUUUGUUUUGGUGUGUGAAUGUGUGUGUCUGCCAGGCGAAAAUGCAUUAGAGGAGAGGAGGGGUGGGCCCUCUCGGUUGGGACAUAAAGAGGAACCAGUGGCUCCCCUGGGAAAUCACAGCUUGUGUCUGCAUCUUAAAUAUCCCUGUGAAGUAUCAAUAAGUGGGUAAUUGAAUUUUGAACACAAACAUGAGCGUCAUGUGUAUGUGGUGGGGUGGGUGGGCUGAAUGUGUGUGCCUCCAAGUGCUUCUGCGUGUGUGUUUGUGUGGACCUCCUCUGUGUCUCCCUUGUCCCUGGAGAAGAGGGGGGUGAAAGAGGACUUUAAAUCCAUUAAAUAAAGCUUACAGGCUGUAAUAGCUGAGCAGCACUAGGAGAUGGGCAGUGAGGUUCAGGUAAGUCCCCUUAACUCUUAAUGAAAGUGAAUUGGGGCAGUCAGGGCCGGGGUCCGGGACUCCAGUUAACCCAGGUGGUCAUCUGUCUUUGGAGCUAAACAGGGGUCCAGCGGCUCAGCAGGAGUGUGCCAUCUAGAGAGGCAGCCAGGCAGGGGGGGUGAUGAUUACUCUCAUUUUAUACACAGGGGAGUCGUUGUGGGGGUUGGGAGUGAUCUGUGACAAUGACACCCAGAUCACUCACCGUAAACGAGGGAAAAGUAAGAUGUUACACCACCGCGUUUCCUCUGCAUUUACAUUCCAGCCACCUGGGAGUUUCCAAAUGAAAAUGAUUGCUGCCAGUGCAGAACAGAAAAUUGCAGAAACAUUUUAGGUUGCACCACACAAUUUCCUACUUUUUAGUUUUAGCCCUCGCUGUUUCAAGAAAGGCGACAUUAUAAAUAGCCUGAGGGCAUAUUUAGCUGUUUGCAGAUAUAGGUUAAUCUCCAUUGUUGCAACCUAAGCAGCAAUAAUCAGCCCCAGAUCUACAGCCAGAGGAUUACUGGGCUGGUGUGGGAGCUGGUGGUACCUCUGUUUUCUGCUCCAUGGUGGCCUCUCUGCCAACAUGUCCUCAUUCUGAUGAUAACCUACAUGUUGUGUUUAUUUAUGGAUGGGAAUGAUUUUAAAUUGCUUAGAUAAGAAUGGACUGCAGUCAAGCCCUGUAGAGCAUGGGUGAAAUUAUUAUAUGCAGGCUGAUGGGGCCGUGUUUACUAAACUGCUGGUAGACUGUGGCGGAAUCUCAGACCAUUUUGGGCUAAAUGAUAAUUAGAUAGCAACAAAUCAACAGGCCAAGGAGAUGGCUCACAGAAUCCAUAAGGUGUCAUUUAGUAUGGAUGGCAGUCCUAACAAGAUGCUGAUUAACUUAGUGCAAAAUUAGUAAUUGACCUUUCUAAUCAACUAAACAAAUCUCUAAGUUCCCCUAAUCAGUAUUGAUCUCCCCCGUUGUAUGACAAAGCCUGUGAGUGUUUGUGUAGGUGAGAGUGUAAGUGUCUGGGCGUGUGCUUUGAGGCUAUCUGACCUCAUCUGUUUACGUACAUCAUACAAAAAUGUACAUUCACGUGUGGCAAAGAUAACUUUAUAAAUCAUUUGUUAAAAUAAAGUAACUUGUAGGAAGACAUGAAACAGAGCACUGUAUAGCAUAGCUAGUUUAACCUUCCUUGAUUUUAACCUUCCUUGGACAGCUAGUGCAGCAAAGGAAAAAGAAAAAGAAUUAAUUGAAUUUGGAAAAACCAUUUGUCACAUUUUCCCCAAGACUUUUCCUAUAGAAUUCCAUUUGGACAUUUUUACUACCAGUUAGUAUAGGCCCUUUUCAUGAAAGACAUUUUGACAUGUUGCAGCUGUAAUAAUAAUAAUAAAAUAAAUGAAUUCCAUUUAGCUGCUUCAGCUUCAGGGUUCUGGCUCACUGUCACACUAGCCAAGUUUCCAACCAAAUGUAGUGCACAUUUUUGAAACAGAUUUACAGAUAAUAAUAAUAAUAAUAAUAAUGAUUUUGAUACCACCGCAAUUAUAAUGACUUUGUCGCAUUUAGAUAUACUGUUGUUGGCAGUAAUUCUCAAGCGGGGUGCCAUUAAACCAUUGCAGAAGAUGAGGGUGCAAUGCUGCUGAUGUUUUCGUUUGCCGCUACUCUUCAGCGGAGCGUAAACUUGGACAUUUAAGUUCGUGUACAUCUUCAUUUGAUAUUUGCUAAAUCUUGUUUCCACUGUCCUUUGUCAUGUUUUGCUUUUAUCAACACACAACCUUAGCUAAUAUUUCCAAUCGGGUAUUUUUAUGCACAAAUUAAAAGUGCUGAAAAAAACAGGUGUAUAGAAACGGAGCCAUCGUUAGUGUUAUUAGCAAAACAUGUGCAUGUUCUUACUAUGACGUAUUGUAGUUCUCUCAGUGGUCCCACUAUGUAUACCUUUACUUAAACACAGAGCCCACCUUCACUAUGCCAAUCACAACUCUUUUUAUAAAAAGAGAGCCACACAUCAUAAAUUGAGCCCUGAUUUAUGUUUAAUUGGGUCUUUAAUGUGAUGAUAUCAAUGAUAUUUCUAUCUGAGCAGUGGGAGGCUGUACAGCACUGUGAUUAAUGAGACGCUCAGUGGGGCGAGGGGUCUCUGGAGGAGUGGCACAGCCAUCAUUGAUCUGUUUUACAGUUCAGGCUCAUCAAGAGAUGGAGAAGGCGAUAACGAGAGAGAGAGAAGCAUGGCACCUUCAAAAUCUGUAAUAUUAACGGCUACCCUUCACCGUUCCUAGUGUAACUGCUCCUAAUAAGAAGGUGACAUCAACGCACUUGUGGCUUUAGGGUCAUCCCAAUGUAAUUGCUUUCCCUUGCUUAAUUUUGAUGGCUUCAUUUCAAUCUAAAGCACCCUAUGCAUGUCCAGGGCUCCUCUGAUGACUUUGUUUAGGGUGAUUUGAAGCGACAGCAAAGUGCAAAAUGAAUCCAUCCCAUUCCAAUUAGCAUCAUCUUUAACCUAAUGAGGGACACCUCAAGGUGACGUGGCCCCCACGCCCAGAUGCACCAUAAUCAUUCCACACUGGGGAACUCAUCUAAAUUACCAACUGGCCCGGCUUUUUCAUUAGCCGCCGUGUGCAGAGAAGGCGGGGCCCCUUCACACCAGCACACAGGCAUAGCAGGCCAGCUGAGAUCCUGAUCACAUUCGUCUUGCAGGCAUCAUGAUGGUGGGAUGACUUUCUGCUAAAUGCAGAUUUGAAAUCAGCCCCCUGUCCUGCUGCUCUGUAGUCAUAUAUUUGUGUGAUGUUGUGUGAGGUUAGUUAGAAACUGAAUAGAGUCGCUGAGGUGAUCUUUGCAGCUCAUGAAAACUGCAGUGGAGUCAAAAGCCCCGUUCUUCUUCUCAUCUUUAACAAAGAGUAAUUACUGUACCUAGAUGGUGCCUCUCCAGGGUUUAUGAUGAUGCCACAGGAAUGUUACUAACGUCUCCAUUGAGACACAGGGGUUUGUCUUUGAUAGAAAAACCUCGGCAAUGAUUGCUGUCCCAGAGAAGACCAGAAAGGGCCUUCAGCGGGGACAGUUCUGUUGUAGGACUAUCAGAGUUAACACACACAGACAUCUUGGUAUGUGCAGGGCCUUUAACGAUUUUAACAAUGUGUUUUACU